UGCCCCGGACGGGUAUAAGUAAACUAUUGACUCUGUAGGUCCACUUCGUCCCUGUCCCGCUUCGCGGUCCGGUGUCUCCCGGAGGGUGCCCAGCUCCCUGACUUGUUCCAAGGGGGCAGCGGAGGCCAGAACACCUAAAUGUCAGGCUGAACCCAACCAGCAGAGAAGUGCUGAGCGCCGGUGCUGGUCUGGGCUGCGCCCGCAAAACACGGGACACCUUGAGCGUGGACGUGCCAACAAGGAGCUGCGCUCCCAGAGGCGUCCGCUGCGGCAGGAGGGGCGUUUGGACCCGAGCCCAGGCUAGCGGCCAGCAUGGCCCCCACGCUGCAGCAGGCAUACCAGAGGCGCUGGUGGAUGGUCUGCACCGCAGUGCUGGAGAACCUCUUCUUCUCCGCCGUGCUCCUGGGCUGGGGCUCCCUGCUGAUCAUGCUCAAGAAAGAGGGCUUCUAUUCCAGCUUGUGCCAAGCUGGGAACACCACCAACAUCACCCAAGAUGCACAGUUCUGGUGGCCCGGCUGCGCACGCCAGGAAGAGAUGCUCAACUUGGGAUUCACCAUCGGCUCCUUCGUGCUCAGCGCCACCACCCUGCCACUGGGGAUCCUCAUGGACCGCUUUGGCCCGCGGCCCACACGGCUGGUUGGCAGUGCCAGCUUCGCUGCAUCCUGCACCCUCACGGCCCUGGCUUCUCGGGACACCAAAGUUCUGUCUCCGUUGAUAUUCCUGGCGCUGUCCCUGAACGGCUUUGGUGGCAUCUGCCUGACGUUCUCUUCACUCACGCUGCCCAACAUGUUUGGGAGCAAGGGCCCCACCAUCAUGGCUCUCAUGAUCGGUUCCUAUGCCUCUUCUGCCGUCACGUUCCUGGGAGUCAAGCUGAUCUACGAUGCCGGCGUGCCCUUUGUGGUCAUCAUGUUCACCUGGUCGGCCCUGGCCUGCCUUAUCUUUCUGAACUGUGCCCUCAACUGGCCCAGUGAAGCCUUUCCCGCUCCUGAGGAAGGCCGCUACACGAAGAAGAUCAAGCUCACCGGGCUGGCCCUGGAUCACAAGGUGACAGGUGACCGCUUCUACACCCAUGUGACCAUCGUGGGCCAGCGGCUGAGCCAGAAGGCCCCCAGCAUGGAGGGGGAUGGCAUCAACAUCUCCUCCCAGGACGUUCAUCGCACCUCAGAAAACCGUCACAAGAAGUCCGUCUCCUUCCGCAAGAGCCUCUGCUCCCCCAUUUUCCUGUGGAGCCUCCUCACCAUGGGCGUAACCCAGCUGCGAGUCAUCUUCUACAUGGCCGCCAUGAACAAGAUGCUAGAGCACCUGGUGGUCACCAGUGGCCAGGAGCAUGAGACUGUCGACUUGAGACAGAAGGCAGAAGGGACAGUUGGAUUCUACUCCUUCGUCUUUGGGGUCAUGCAGCUGCUGUGCCUUCUCACUUGCCCUCUCAUUGGCUGCAUCAUGGACUGGAAGAUCAAGGACUGCGUGGACACCCCCGCCGAACUCACUGCCCUCAGUGACGCCAGGGACGGGGUUGCCACCAAGUCCGCCAGACCGCGCUAUCGCAAGAUCCAAAAGCUCACCAAUGCCAUCAGCGCCUUCACCCUGACUAACUUCCUGCUUGUGGCCUUUGGCAUCACCUGCCUCAUUAAGAGCUUACACCUCCAGUUUAUGACCUUUGUCCUGCACACCAUGGUUCGAGGUUUCUACCACUCGGCCUGUGGAGGCCUCUAUGCUGCAGUGCACAGCCCAGGACACUUGAGCAGCACUCCUUCAUCUCAGCCUCACGACAGCCGUCUCAGCUCCGUUUCCUUGAUUUGCUCUGGCCAAAACUGCGAGGUCACCCUCCAUCCUUCUCUUCCUCACACUCCACAUCCGGUCUGGCCGCGAUCCCGCCAGCUCCGCACCCCACAUCCCACGUAGCCCGAAUCCCUCCCUUCUUGUCAUGUCUGCCGCAGCCCCCCACCCCCCAGUCCUGGAUUACUGCAGCAGCAUCUGGAUGGUCCCCCCUGCGGCUGCCCUUGCCUCCCCUCAGGCUGUUUUGAACACAGGAGCUGGAGACACCUGUUAAGACAUAAGUCUCUUCACGGCACUCCGCGUCUUGUCUCGCCCACAGAAGGAGCCGAAGGCUAUACUGUGGCUUAAAAGGCCCUGCAGGAUGUGGCGCUGGGACCUACCUCGCUGCCCUCUUUCUUACCCUCCCCACCUCGCUCACUCCCCUCCCCCCGUGGCCACCUCAGUGCUUGAGAAACCACAAGCGUGUUUCCUGCUGGGGGCCUGGGCCUGUGCGCUUGCCGAUCCCCCUUCCUAGAACGUUCUCCGUCCAGCUGCCUCACCUCCGCGUCUUUACCUAGCUGUCCUCCACUCAGCGAGGCCUCCCCAGCCGUUCUAUCUACAACUGCAUCCCCCUUGGUACCCUCAGCUCCUUCCUCUGCCUAACCUCGCCCCGUGGUCCUUAUCACCAUCGAACACACUACGCCUUUAUCUCGCUUAUUGGGUGACUCCCAUGCGCCCCACCAGAAGGCCACCUCCACGAGGAGAGGAAUCUUCGUUUGGUUCAUGGCUGACUCUCCAUGGACCUAGAUCGGCACCUGGCACAUAGCGGGAAUUCAAUAAAUACUUGUUAAAAGAAUAAACGGAGAGUGAAACGAGGGCUCAUCCCUGGUUUUAGUGGAGGAAGGGAGGCUCAGAGAGGUCGAGUGACCUGCUAUGACCACACGGGCAGGAGGUGGGAUCGCGGAAGCAGCUCUGUGGCCCUGAAGUCGUGACAUGUACCCUGUCCAGGCCAGGGGCCAAAGAGCACCUGCCAAGAGCCUAAACUCUUACGCUCCACCGUGCCUGGCUGAAAGGGUGCAGCGGGGGACAGGGCCGGGGAGGGCCACACGCCCCUUAUA